CUCGAGCUUAAGAUGAAGUAUCGCAAACCUACAGCUGUCAACGGGAUCUCAUGGUUGUUGUGAAAGCUACAGUAUCACCAGUUUGCAUUCGGCAUUUGGACGCUACAGAUCAACAGCAGUCGUUGGACUAUUCGUAUGCCCCUGAUUCGAAUGAUAUCGCCAGAUACUACCAUCGCAUGGAGCAUUUUCAGGAGACCCGCCUGAUCCUAUGCCUCGUCAAAUGGACUCCUUUACUUGCGAUGUGCAUUUUCUGCCAAACGGCUGAUUUAGACACGUCUGCCCGCUCUCACCUCUUGUGCGCUAUCGACCGAAUCUCUUCUCAAGACCUUCACAAGCUUUCGCGCCAGCCAUCAGCAUUGCGAGAAUGCAUUAUCGCAACUCUUCAUCCCUGAUGACAUUCACGUUCACACUUGUUUCACUCUUGUUAUUGGUCAUGCACCUGGAGCUGCAGCAUGCAGCAGCCGAAGC